UUUGUUAGUUAUGAGUGAAAUGAACUUGUCAAAAUGAAUGUGGAAGUCAUUGAUUUGGAAACUUCAGAAUCAGCUGAAUCAGAUAGCUAAAUUGAAAUUGCAGCUUGAGCCUCAGCAGCACCAGAAAAAUGAGAAGAGGGGGCUUCGUCUGCCACAGCCCGAGAGCAGGAGAGGGCAGCAUUCACCAUCAUUUCACCUACAGCAGAAUAAAGGGAGAUUGAGAGUCUCACAUUGCCAGACUCAGCUGCAGGAAGGAAUUAAAUUUCUGAGGAAACCAAAACAGCCCAGGAGUGAAAGGUGGGGAGAAUCUCAUCCAUUACCACAGCUGCAGCAGAGGAGUGAUAGAUGGAUGGAACCCCAUCCACAGCCUCAGGUACAGCAGAGAACAGAGAGGUUGAAAAGGUCACAUCUGCAACUUCAGCAAAAGGAGAAAUCUGAAAGUUGCAAGGAGGUACAUCCACAGCCUCACCCUCAGCACAAAAGUGAGAGAAGAAGGAAGAGGGAAAGUUCCUGCUCAAGGGAGAGUGCUCCUAUCAGAAAGAAGACUAAGAAGGAAGUGAAGGUCAAGAGAAAGGGUGAGGUAGUGCAGCAGGCAUCACAUGCAUAUGCUGGAGCAGAUUUCAUUGCCAAUGUUGGUUUGGAGUGGAAUAAUAUUGAAGACAUCAUCUCCCAACAACUAAGCUUGGAAAAGGAUGUGGUCUGCAAUGUUGUUAAACUUCUGGAUGAAGAGAACACAGUGCCCUUUAUUACAAGGUACAGGAAGGAACAAACCAAGGGAAUGGAAGCAGAUAGAUUGCAUCAGAUUGAAGAGGCUGUCAUCAAGCUCAAGGCUAUGAGAGAGAGAGCAAGAAGCAUAAGUGAAGCCAUUAACUCCCAGGGGAAACUGACUGCAUCUUUAAAAGAGGCAAUACAAUCAGCACAAUCCAUGUCAGAGUUGGAGCACCUGCCUUUUAGUGGCUCUCCAGUGAACAACAAGAAGAUCAAUGCUGGAUGGGUUCCUCCAGAUGAUAAUCAACCAAUGGUAUGCUGCCAAACUCAGUUCUCCCCAAAGACGGUGAUUGUUGCUGCCAUGUCUUUCAUUGGCAAGGUGCAUGUGGAACAUGUGGAAAAGGGACAAUCCAUCAACAGUGAUGCCUACAUUCAUUUUCUGCAGACAGUCUUCCAUAAUUUCAGCAGACAUCAUGAUCCUCUCCAAUCUGAGGACAUUUUGCUCAUUCCUGAUAUUGCUCAUGUGCUUUACCUACCGUACAAACCAGGGAAGAAGUCAUCUCUGGCUGAAAGAGCACGAGAGUUACCUGGCAUGGAAGGAGCUGCUAUUCAUUUCUUGGAAGGAAAGAGCCCUGCUAUUGCUUAUUCUCAGCUUGUUGACCAGGGAACUCUGGGGAAAAGCUCAGAAGCUGAAGUGGAAACUGCUCUCCAGCACAUUAUAGCUGAUGUCAUCUGCAAAGAGCCUCUCAUCCUUCAGCUUAUUCGACCUAUAAGUGAUGAAGGAUUGCUUAGGGUGGAGGUGAAGAAAUCUCGUAAGGCAGAAAAAGCAGAAGAGAAAACUCCAAAGGAAAGAGCAGAUAUUGAAAAACUGGGCAGAUAUCAUGGUUUCUCCAUGCUUGCUCACAAGAUUCGACCUCAUCAGACACUGGCAAUAAACCGUGGAGAGAAGAGGAAUGUGCUGUCUGUGAAAGUUAUAGUGCCUGAUCAUGUGAGGCAGAGUAUCACAGAGUUUGUUAAGAAUCAUUGGCUCAAGAAAGGGGUGCAAUAUUCCACAAGGACUUCUUUAGUCUUCCAAAGUGCUGAAGAUGCAUACUCUCGUCUCUGUGGUGGCAACUUUGAUGCUGCUCCAGCUGCACAUCAGGCUGCCAGAGUUGAUGUGGCAGGUGCAAUUGAGGUGCACCAAGCCCCUACCUCUCACACAAUGGAGCACAGAGUGGCCUAUGCUUCAGCCCAAGAGAGAGCAGGUAGUACCCAAAAGCAGCUGUGUGAACUGUUGGCCCAGGAGAAUACCACCUGCCACUGGUUGGAUUUGAACCUGGACCUCCCAUGUGUGCCUGAGCCCCUUAUCCACUGA